UUUUCUAAUAUGAUAGACGAAAAAGGAACAACCGUUUCCAAAGCUCUUGUGCAAUCAUUUCAUCCAGAACCUGUGCACAUAAAACACAUUGAUUCUUUGAACAAAAUUGAAAAUGGAACAACACACAAAAAGAUGGACGAAUACAUGGAAGUCGACUGUGAUGACGACACAGCCACCAUCGCCUCGGAGGAUCCCGUUGAAAGUAGGAACAAUGAUUUUGAUGAAAUCUUUAAUGGAGAAUUGUCAGAUGUUGAUAGUUAUUGUCCGGGAUGCGAGGAAAUAGAUCGUGAAGACUUGUUAUCAUCUGCAUCCAUCCCUUUAGUUGACGUCAGUCACCUUGUUGGUUUUACUAAGCUAAAUAAAAAGAUCAUAGAGUCUCUGAUUUACAAGUUGAAGGAGUACAAGCUCUACGAGACGAUGGCAAUUCUUAUUAAAAGUGGUAAAUUAAAGAUCAAGCCGGAAGAGAUACCAAGAAGAGUUUUGGAGAUAAUCAAACGGGAAGAUAUCAAAGAUUUAAAAGAAGUUAAGGAAGUGUUUCAUAAAGAAGUGGAAAGGAUACGAAGACUGGCUGAAGAUAAAUAA